CCAAACCACGUACACUCUCUCAUCUCUGCAAAGCUCCUAAACUCAAGUUUCGUAUCAGAAACACAGUUUCUCAUCAUUCCUUACACAUUAUGGGUGUCGUUGGAACAAUGGCCAGACAUUUGGAUACAUUAGUAGGGCCAGGAGUGAUGCUUCUCUAUCCCUUAUAUGCAUCCAUAAGGGCGAUAGAGAGUCCUUCAACAUUGGAUGAUCAGCAAUGGUUAACAUACUGGGUUUUGUACUCAUUCAUAACCCUCUUUGAGCUUUCUUUUCACAAAAUCCUAGCUUGGUUUCCGUUGUGGUCGGUGGUGAAAUUGGUGAUAUGCAUGUGGCUGGUUCUGCCAAUGUUCAACGGAGCAGCUUACAUAUACGAGAAUUACGCAAGAAAGUGGCUCAAGAAUAUGCAAACACUUGGCUUCGAUGCUGCUUCGUCUUCUUCUUCUAAAUAUCCGGAGGUGCUUCAAAUGAUGACCUUCGAUGCAAGAAAAGCUGUUGAACAUUACAUCGAUGCCUAUGGCCCUGAGUCCUUCGAGCGAGUCAUCAGAGCUGCUGAGAAAGAAGCAAGAAAGCACUGAACAUUUAAUCAUCACUCAUUCUACAUAUAUCUCUGUGUAUUGAUUAGUCUAUUUUGUGAUUUAAUUGGUUUGUGUUUGGCUUUGAAGAUAGAGUGUUUGUUAAUUCGGAGUUUGUAGUUCGAUUAUUCUGACUUUAAUGAUUUAUCAACUUCAACGACCUCCCUUAGUGUCAUGAAAAUCUGAAUAGUAUGUUCAUUUUCUGAUUUGAAAUAUAGAACUUGAGGGAA